UUAAGAUCAUAGAGGUAAUGUUCAUGUGUGUUGUGUUAUCAACUCAACACCUCUAAAUGCUUAAAUAUCUAUUCCUGUGGAAAUCCCAUUCGAUUAGAUGAAAUGUCCAACAUUUGCAAAAGAAGAAAAUACUGCAAUGUGAUUUGUAGAUUUCCUAUUGUAUACUCUAAUCCUUGAAGUUUAAAAAUUUGGAGAUGGAUAUUUUGUUCAUUUAUAUACCAAGAAUACAACUUGAAGCAAAGAACAUUACCAGUUAAAAUUUGCUUCAAUGUCCAGAACCAGAUCAGACCAGAUUAGAAAUGUUUUAAGAAAGCCAUCCCUGUGUCAAGAAACCCCGUUUCAAAUGUGAAGCUUUUUGCCUAAUCUCUAAUUGUGGAGAAGUAAGAUUAAAUUUCCAUGUUCUGUCAGACAUGCAUCAUCUUAAUGUUUUGUGCUCUAUGAAAUAAUUUGUGUAAAUGCAUUGGCAGCUUAGCGCAUUUCAGUAGCCAUUUACCUGCAUGGAGUUAUGAACUGCUUUUACAAAAUCCAGCUGAACAUUUUAGGGAGUUCUCACUUUGCAGGAUUUAACAAAGGAACGAGAUUUAAGAAAAGUCAAACAUUUUCCCCAUGUUCUCGAUAAAUUAUGUACUUAGAAGAGACCGUGUGUAGUGAUUUUUCCUGGCUGCCAGUUUCAUUAACAUUUAAAAAAACACAACAUUUUUAAUUUUCUACUCGAUUUAUAAAUACCCCGUCAUUGAGUAUAAUUAAAGUGAAAGUCAAUAGAUUUUAGAUAUGAAGGAAAUGAUCAAGGCAUAGAAGGGGAAUAGGAUGAUGUGGGGAUUCAGCAGAAUUAGGUAUGGCUUAAAAGGUUGAUGGUAUCACUGAAAAGUAACAUUUCUUAAAAGUUGAAUCAAUCUAACAGUUAACACCCACUUAAAAAAAUAUUAUCAAGAAUCAUUUCCUUUUGAAGCUGAGACAAAACCCAUUUAUCCUCUAUAAUAAGGAAUUGUUUUGCCUGCCAGCUGUGUACAAUUAAACAAUUGGUCUUUUAUGAGAAACUUCAAUGUUGGCAUUGCUGUCCAGCAAGAGGCUCAGUAGAUUAAAAAUCAGUUGUUAACUGCCAAAUCUUGCACCACCUUACUUUAAAAUGUUAAUAAUUAAACGCAUCCAAAGUUCAGUUUCAAAAGUGUGCAGCUUACCAAAUUCAAUACUGAGACUACAGAAUGGAAUCAGCAACUACCCAAGUUUCGAGGAUAUUUGCUUUGGAGAUACCGGACAUCAUUGUGAUUGUUAUUUAUUUUGUGUUCGUUAUGUGUGUUGGAAUAUGGUCUUCUGUGAGAGCCAACCGGAACACAGUGGGGGGAUAUUUCCUUGCUGGAAAAUCUAUGACGUGGUGGCCUAUCGGGGCUUCUCUAAUGUCCAGUAAUGUAGGGAGUGGCCUAUUUAUCGGCCUGGCUGGCACUGGAGCAGCGGGAGGCAUUGCUGUUGGUGGUUUUGAAUGGAAUGCUACAUGGCUUCUUGUCGCCCUUGGUUGGAUAUUUGUACCAGUGUACAUUGCUGCUGGUGUGGUCACUAUGCCUGAGUAUUUACAGAAAAGGUUUGGAGGACAAAGAAUCCAAAUCUAUAUGUCCGUACUAUCUUUGAUCUUGUAUAUAUUUACUAAAAUAUCGACUGACAUUUUCUCAGGAGCACUGUUUAUCCAGGUCUCACUGGGUUGGAAUCUCUACAUUUCUACAGUAACUCUCCUGGCAGUGACUGCUAUUUACACAAUAGCUGGUGGUUUGACCGCUGUGAUUUAUACAGAUGCCCUCCAGACUGUCAUUAUGGUGGUAGGAGCACUCAUCCUUAUGUUCAUUGGUUUAAACAAAGUUGGUUGGUAUUCAGGGUUGGAAGAGAAGUACUUCCAAGCAAUUCCCAACAUCACUGUGGAAAACACUUCAUGUCACAUUCCACGUGCUGAUGCUUUCCACGUGUUUCGAGAUCCAGUCAGUGGUGAUAUACCUUGGCCUGGACUCAUAUUUGGACUCACUGUGCUUGCCACAUGGUGUUGGUGUACUGAUCAGGUAAUCGUACAGAGGUCCCUUUCAGCAAAAAGUCUUUCUCAUGCCAAGGGAGGAUCGGUUUUGGGAGGUUAUCUGAAGAUGUUACCCAUGUUCUUCAUUGUCUGGCCAGGCAUGAUCAGUAGAGCACUGUACCCAGAUGAGGUGGGCUGUGUGGAUCCAGAUGUUUGUGAGUCUGUCUGUGGAGCCAGAGUAGGAUGUUCAAACAUUGCAUACCCCAAACUGGUAGUGGAACUUAUGCCUGUAGGGUUGAGGGGCCUUAUGAUAGCAGUAAUGAUGGCUGCUCUAAUGAGUUCACUCACCUCAAUAUUUAACAGCAGCAGCACACUCUUCACCUUGGAUAUCUGGCACCGGGUUCGCAGAAAUGCCACUGAACAAGAAUUGAUGAUUGUUGGCAGGGUAUUUAUUAUUUUCCUAGUUGCCGUCAGUAUAGUGUGGAUCCCUAUUAUCCAGAGAGCUAACAGUGGACAGCUUUUUGACUACAUCCAGUCUGUUACCAGCUACUUAGCACCACCAAUCACCGCACUUUUCAUUAUGGCAAUAUUCUGGACAAGAGUCAAUGAGCCGGGUGCUUUCUGGGGAUUGAUGGUCGGGCUGAUCCUGGGUCUCGUUCGAAUGGUCAUGGAGUUUGUUUAUGGAGCGCCAUCAUGUGGUGAAGAGGAUAAGAGGCCUCCUUUCCUCAAGGACGUGCAUUACCUUUACUUUGCUUUGAUCCUAUGUGGAAUAAGUGCAAUUGUUAUCACUGUCAUCAGCCUGAUGACUCCUGCAAUCCAGAAAGAAAAUCUGAUUCGACUAACAUGGUGGACUAGAAACAUUAAAAUUCCUAAGAAUCACUUGAACAAUAACUGGAGCCAGCCAAAGACAAUCUCUGAAUCCGUUGACAGAAAUGCUGAAUUAUUAUCUAUUACAGAGGAUGAUGGGCUGCAAGAAACAGUGGCACUUUCUUGGUGGAAGAAAACAUGUUUUUGGCUCUGUGGCCUGUCAACACAUGAGGAACCUGAACUCACAGAAGAAGAAAAUUAUGCCAUACAGGAAGGCUUAACAAGCAUUGAAGAAGAACCUUUAUGGAAAAAUAUGUGCAAUAUUAAUGCUUUAAUCCUACUGGCAGUUAAUGUCUUCUGUUGGGGAUAUUUUGGAUAAUUGUUGUCACCCUGAUUACUUUUGGACUAGUUUUGUACCUCUAGUGAAACACUUGUUUGUAACCGUAAGUUAAUUGCCAAAAUUACAUUGGUAACAACAUUUGUAUUAUUACCAAGUAAGAAUACAGGUAACAUAAUGAUCAAAUAAGCACCAAUGUUGCAAGAACAAUGAUAAUCUCAUUGCAAGAGUAACUCAGUUAACAUAUUGAACAGAAAAUAAAUACCAAUUCCACUCA